CAAACAGACAACGGAACACCACAUUCGUCUUCUGGAGAAGGAUCACUCCGGAACGACGAUUACGGUUAACCAGAAUGACGACCGCCGAGGAGCAGUAUGUCGUUGCCAAAUACGACUAUGCGGCGCAGGGCUCACAGGAGUUGGAUCUACGGAAAGGAGAUAAAUUGCUCUUAAUUGAUGACUCGAAACAUUGGUGGAAAGUGCAAAACGCCCGGGGGCAGGCCGGCUUCGUGCCCUCGAACUACGUGAAGCGUGAGAAGCCCUCGCUCUUCGACAGUAUCCGAAGGCGCGUCGCCAAGGACAAGGAGGCCGGCAAGGAUGGCAAGGACUCCACAGGACAACAUAGGGAGCGAUCUGCAGCCCGGCAAGCUCGGCCAAGCCCCCCUGGGACUGCCCAUGGGCCUUCAGGACCUCCUGGUCCUCACGGAGCACCACAUCAACUGAUCAGCCUAGAGGACACUAAGCCUGUCGGAUAUGCAACAGUCAGGUACAACUACGAAGCUAAGCAAGCAGAUGAAAUUUCUUUAAUAAAAGGGGGGCGGGUUGCGGUCCUUGAGAAGUCCUCGGACGGCUGGUGGCGAGGUGAACAUCAAGGUAGAUUAGGAUGGUUCCCCUCCAACUAUGUCAACCCAGCAGGCGCCGAAGAGUCUUCAGCUGGCGGACACGCCGGUAGCCAACCUCGAUCAAAAACCGCUACCCUCGAAGCUCCUUACGUAAACCUGGCGGGUCAGGAAGACGGCUAUGUGAAUGUGGCCCAAGUGGGCGUCAGCAGUGCACCCAUCUUGGAUGUGGUCAUUGCCCUGUAUUCGUUCGAGGCGCAAAAUGAGGAAGAACUGUCGUUCUCAAAAGCGGAAAGAUUGCACAUAGUUGAUAAGCCUGCAGAUGAUCCAGACUGGUGGAUGGCAGUCAACUCAACGGGGCAGUCCGGCCUGGUGCCGAAGAACUACGUUCAAGUGGAACAAACAAAGAAUGGAACUGGAGGACAGCUCCUUCCGGAUAUUCAACAGCCGUGGUACUACGGCCAAAUCACACGAAGUGAAUGUGACCAGUUGCUGAGCCAGUUUGGCGUUGAUGGAGACUUUCUCGUUCGCGUUUCGGAAACGAAUGUCGGUGAUCUCUCUGUUUCAAUGAAGGCACCGGGACGGAACAAGCACUUCAAGGUUCACGUAGAAGGCAGCACGUACCGAAUAGGUCAGCGUAAGUUUAACACCCUGACGGACUUGGUGGAGCACUACAAGAAAUCGCCUAUCUACACAAGCCCGCAGGGGGACAAGCUCUACCUCGUGAAGGCGUUCAAAAGACCUUAGUCGCCGCAUCAGCGAUAAGACCAAUAAUAAUGAUCAUAUGACAAUAACACGAUUUGUGGUGAUGAUAAUAAUAUAUAUUAUCAUCAUUAUUACAGACUGCGUACCCCCCGCUGUCGCUGCUUACAGCCAUGACUUUUUACAGCUACAGGUAUUUGUGCAGCAUUCAAUUAAACGGAUUUCAGUCAGACCUACACACACGCAACAGUGAUAUAUAUUGCUUUGGCUGUAUUUUGUCACUUAACACUGCUGGCCAUUACGAGAAGCUUACAGUUUUCCGCUCGUGAAAAUCAGCGAGUUGUAGUGAUUGAGUAAAUGUGGAUAAUACAAUAGAUUCCGGUGCACCACAGCCAGCGCUUGUAGGAACUCGACGAUUUCUUCCAAGUGUAAUUGAAUAGAGCUUAGAAGAAAUUCAAGUGUGUUCCAAUUUUAUCACACCCGCUUCAGUUGAUUCGACUGUUAAUGAACGUGUGUACGUGUAAACUGGUGUAUAAUGUAGGCAGCCAAGAUUAGCUUACCAGGGUCGUCAAUGUCAUACAAAUGGGUUAGGCUAGUUGCUGGGAAGAGAGAAAAACACUUAUGCACGAUGACCCAAGUACUACUAUAGUGCUUUUAUCUCUGACUAUCGGUGUAAAGGAAAGCUCAUUUAGCGUCAAUGCAAACGAGAUAGUAGGUCAUGGUCAAAGCUAGGGGUCUUUUUUUCAUCUUCGAGACACUCGUAUUCUGAGUAAUUGUGAUGCCUAUUUUUACGAUAAAAUCAAUUCUACAAUGAUUGAAGCAUGUGCCAUUACUCUACGCCCCACUUGCAAUGUGAGCAAUUAGCGAGCAUUUGCAUACGAUGUGGAUUACGGAUUGGCCUAUAGACCAGGCGUAAAUGAUCUCGGCGGCCUCUGAAGCGCAUGCACUCACGCGUACGAAAACAUCUUAUAUGAUGAGAGCUUAGGGCAAAUUAAGUCUUCAGAGUCCUAAAAAAGGACGACAGUUUGCAUAUCUAGCUACAAUAAUGCUAAAUAUAAUUGGAGACUUCAAAUCAUAUCUAUAGCAAACGGAGUAAACGAUGCUAAUAUGAUUAGACUUGGUUCGCCGUUGGUCACAAACAAGCGAGAAAACAGGCCAAAAACUACGUCAAAAGGGUAGUCCAAGGAUCCAGGAAAAGAUUCUACGAGGAGAGAUUUGGUACUAGUUAUAGCGGCUCUAGAUGGGUUGUCGAGUAACCCGAACAUUUUCAAACAAUCCAAGUGCGAGCUAAUGAACAAGUUAUAAUACAUUAUACGACAGUACAGAAAUAUUUUCUUUUGUCCUAGAGGUUAUGACAAGAUUAUAGUCAUCUAAUGGCAACUGCGGAGUGCAAAUUAACAGCAACAAUAUACUAAGUAUACGAUAUGAUAAACUCACUGAAGUUACCGAGGGCAUCAUCACGGUAGAAACAACAAAUGUACGUUAAUUAUAUUGUAUAUGAACGAUGACAAAAUGACAAUAGGGAUGGUCGACGAAGGACUUCAGUCGACAUAUAAAAUAAAGCUUUGUAGUUACAAGCAGCCAGCAAACACCAUAGAUCUAUCUAUAAAUAUGAAAAAAAGAAAUACAAAUAUAUACUAUUGAGGUACAAUAUUUAGAAAAGGCAGUAAUAUUAUUAGUAUUAUGUAGUAUUUACUGUGUUGAAAGGGAGUGUAUUUUGGUGAGAAUAAUAAAGGGAAUAAUAAAAUAGUAGAAUCUAAUAAAAAGAUUUGCCCGUAGAACGAAGGAAGCAGUUAAGUUAUUUAUGCCGUUUUGUUCUGAUUACGAGCUAAGAAACGGCGGGAAAGGAUAGCCAUUCUCGUUUUGGUGAACAUCGCAUUUGUAAUUUGCGGACAAUAUCGAUGCUUUUUAUAUGUAACUUACGAGAAGUUAAUCGAAACAUACACAUGUAUACCAUGAGGACAACGAUGCUUGAAUGGAACUACAAGUGGUAAGCGGCAAGCUAAAAUCGAGAUGGGGAGAUCCGUAUUAAUGGUUGCUGCUACUGGCAGAUUAUCGCAUUAUUGCUUAAGCAGCAACCGCAACUGAAGCGUGAGCUUCUUAAAAUCUCAUAACUGUGAAUUUGAUCUUAAGACUUCGAGUCCUAAAAAUACUUACAGACCUAUGUGCACCUACUUCGAAUUAUGCAGGCACAAAGUUGACCCGCUGUGCAACAACUAGACGAAAUCAUCAUAGAUCGUUAUAUUUAAAUACGCUAAAAUGAAUGAUGGAGAAUAGACUAAGAGCUGCAGAAUCAACAAACGUAAUUGUCUUUUUUAAAAAUAGCAAGGAAAACGACCAGCAAACAAGUCUGAAUACGUAAAAAAACGUAUUCUGGCGGCCGUAUGAAUGACCACAGCCGCCGAUAUUAGUCAUACUACUGAAUAAGGCAGUGACGUAAGGUUUUGAAAGGAGAACACAGGAACACGAUCAGAUUUUAAUGGCAAUGAGUAAUCAAGGAAUGGGCUAACUGGAAUAACGGAAUAUUACCGCUGACAAAUCGGCGAUAUGUAUGUUGACGCUGGGCAAAGACGAAAACGAGAUACCUUACUAGACAUUGUCUUUGCGGCUGCCCCUAUUGAGCUAUUGCAGCUAUUGAGAAUAUCCUACGUCUCUCUCAUCUUGAUACAAGGAGGAGGCUAAGCAGGAUGACACACAAAACUAAAUAACGUAUUGCGUCGUAUCAAGGAAGAGGCGGAGUAAGGCUAAGGACCUAGUAUAUAUAUAUACAUGCCGUAAAAAGUAGGACAUAUCGAAAGUGUCUAUGGUGCCAAACACCAAACAGGCUGUGUUGCCAACGUACACAGCAAUGCACAUCGCUCUGCACGGCUGGGGUCUUCUUCGGUCAUCAUCGGAUCAGAGCUGUUCGUGUGCAAAGAUGGCUAUGUUGACCGAAGGCGUACCCCAGGGUGCGGCCCCGCUGUGCUAUUAUGAAUGGACGUCUGAGCGGGAAUGUCCACUCGCGACUGCUGAUUCAGAGCGCGGUGUUCCUUCUAUGAUUGAGUCAUUACUACAACUAUUAUUAUUACUAUCAUUAUUAUUAAUAUACAUUAUGCGAGACAAGGCAAAAUAAUAGGUUUUACCGAACUAAUAAUGCGAAAGAUUAUAUAAAAAUUAUAUAUAUACAUAUAUAUGAUUAUAUAAAAAAAUAUAUACAU